AUGCCGUCAGUCAUCAUCGAUCAGGAACAAAAGGUGCUGGCCAAGGCUCUGCAAAAGAAAGUUGGCGCAUUCAAAUGCCUUGUUCCCGGCACCAUUGAGUACUCCAGGGCGGUCUUUAUCGGCAACCUCAACUAUCGCAUGGCCAUGCCCGCGAUUAUCGUCGUCGCCCGGACUGUCGAAGACGUCCAAAACACCGUCGUCUUUGCACGACAGAACGGCGUUCGUCUCACUGUCAAGAAUGGCGGCCACUCGUACAUGGGCUACUGCCUGAAUGAAGGCGGCAUCGUGCUGGAUUUGGAGAAGCUCAAUGGCUGCUCCAUCGACACAGACGAGAUGACCAUCACAAUGGAGGGCGGAUGCAUCUGGAAAGAUGUAUACUACAAGCUGUUGCAGAACUGCCCGGAAAACAUCAUCAUCGGCGGUCAAUGUCCCACGGUCGGCGUCAGCGGUUUCACUCUGGGCGGAGGACUGAGCCCCUUUUCGCGAACUUAUGGUCUCGGCUGCGAUAACGUCAUUGAGAUGACAAUUGUCACGGCCGAUGGUGAGCUGGUCACUGUGUCGGCCAACGACACGGACGAAAAGAAGCGCGACCUGUUUUGGGCGCUGCGAGGUGGUGGCGGUGGCAAUUUUGGUAUCACGGUCGAAUUCAAGAGCAAGAUCCACCCACUUCGCGACCCUCAUGGACGGGUGGUCUGCGGCUCUCUACAAUGGGACCUGACCAACGACGAGCAAAAGCAGGAUUUCGAUCAUGUGAUGGACACUUUCAAUACCAGGAGAUGGCCUGAUGAGCUGUGCAUCGACGCCUUGUGGAACUAUGAUGCGGCUGGAAAUCUGCAGGGUGGCAUGACGGUUAUCUUCAACGGUACCGCCAAGAAGGCCUAUGAAUUACUUGAACCACUACUCAAGUGCGGCCCGACAACGAACACAUUAAAGCAAAUGCACUGGACGGACUGGGUUCAUCAGGCAGAAGGUUGGGACCCCAAGAGCGAGGUCUACCAUCACCACGCCUCCUUCAUCUUUCCCGAGGGUGCCAUUACGCGCGAGGUCAAUCAGAAAAUUAGCAAUCUUGUGAAGGAAGCAGCGAGCCAUCUAGACAUCAAGAACGGUGCCCAGCUCAAUGCACCAAAAUGCCACGUCCUCUGGGAUCAUAUCGGCGGCGCUACGGAGCGGAUUGGAGCAACCGACACGCCAUUCUUUUGGAGAAAAGGCCACUACGUGUCUACGGUCAAGGCGCAGUGGACAGAUCCAUCAAAGAGUGAGGAAGCCAUGGAGUUUAUCGCCAAAUGCAAGAGAGAACUGCUCCCAUAUGCCAUUGAACACAAAGCAGCGUAUCUCAACUACAUUGACGGCACCGUGGGCAACUGGGAGGAGGCAUACUAUGGCCACAACUAUCCCAGACUGCAAAAGGUCAAGUCGCAUUGGGAUCCGCACAACUUCUUUUGGAACAUGCAGAGCGUGCGACCGCUCAAGGAUGGAAAGUCCAAGGUGAUCAAGAACGAAGUCGCAGUGCCGUCUCUAGAUGUACUGCUCAACAGUCACGAAGCGGCGCAGACAUUGGAAUGGUGGAAGCGAUAUUCUGUGUUGGUGACUCCAACAGACUUGGGCGUGAUCAAGUCGGAUGAGCAAGCGUAUGCGCAGGACAGCAACAUCAGACAGCACUUGAUUGCGUCCACAUAG